UUAACACUUGAAUUCCGAGAACUUCCGUUAAAGUAAGCUUUGUAUUUUUUCGAAGAAACACGAGAAUUAAAUUGCGCCCGUUAUGUAAAAUCAGAAAGCUUUCGCUUCGUCGAAAACAAGAGGGCAAAUGUUACUUCAAAGCAAAGUCAAGCUUCAGUUAAACCCAGAAUUACCGAAGAAAGCAAUGGAAAUAGAUUAUGUCAACAAAACCAUCACAGUCUUCAUUGCAACGCGGUUCGUAUCUUGACAAAGUAUUAGAGACUUUAAAAACAAGCGGAUUUUAUUGGGGAGCGUUAAAUGCUAAUCAAUCAAAAGCUUUAUUAAUAAAGAAAAAACCUGGAUCGUUUCUUAUUCGUGCUAGUUCAGACCCGAAACAUUUAUUCACGUUGAGCUUGAGGACAGAGUUAGGAGUGACAAACAUCAGGAUCGUCAUGUGCGACGGAAAAUUCUCCUUGGAUCAAAACAAUGGGACAAGUGCUCACGCUGGUGGAAAUCAACAGGGCUCGCCGAAGUUUGACUGCGUUGUAAAGUUAGUAUUUUAUUAUAUUCUGCUUUCUAAGCGAAGAAACAAUCGACAGAAGUCUUCAUACGCUGGAACCCGUGACAAGGUUGCUCAUUUGUCGCUAACAUCACCUCUGUACAAAGAGGUAUCAAGCUUAAAACAUUUAUGUCGACGGACAUUGAAUCGACAACUUAUCGGAGAGAGCGUUCAUCGAUUACCUGUUCCUUCAAAGCUUAAAGUUUACUUGAGGAGUUACCAAUAUCCAGUUUGAGUAAUUCACGGGAAAUAUUGUCAAUUCAUUUAAUUUAAUGGCCACAAAAAAGACAUUACAUUGGCUAAUAUUAUAUCACGGGUGCUCGCGCUCACCAUGAAGAGUUUAUCGUUUUCCGAGAAAGUGGGAGGAGAGUCCCACAAAAGGUUGG